AUUGAAAGACAAACAGAAAUGAAUGAGACGACUGACCUUGACCUUUUGUUAAUUGGAAAAACCGGAAAUGGCAAAAGCGCAACGGGAAACUCCAUUUUAACGCACAAAACAUUUAAGCAUAACUCCUCAGCCAAUUCUGUAACUACAAAAGUAAAAGAAGGCUUUGGCAAAUAUGGAGAUCUUAAGAUCAAAGUUGUUGAUAGUCCAGGCGUAGGGGACACAAGAAUGGACAGCCAGAAAGCUAUAUUGGUGGUAACGACAGCCUUGAAAAAAGCAAUUAUGAUAAAUCCCAGGGGGUAUCACGCCUUCCUAAUAUUGUUAAAGUUUGGUGGACGCUAUACCGGAGAAGAACAGGAUGCUAUAAAAUACCUCAAGGCUGUUUUCGGCGAUACUUUCGUUCGAGAGUUCUGCAUUCUCGUCAUGAGCUACGGAGAUUGCUUUAAAACUGAUCCAGAAAUUGGUGAUGGUAUGACAUUUGAGAAAUGGUGUGCCAUUCAAGAAGGGCCGUUGAAGGAGCUGAUGGCUGAAUGCGGAAACAGGAUUGUUUUGUUUGAUAACCGCACUAAGGAUCCCCGAGAGAAAAAAGCUCAACUGGAAAGAUUGAUCUCUUUGGUCAAUAAUCUCAAGUCUAGAGGCAAACGUUAUACCCAUGAACUUUUCCAGGAGGCGAAAGAGACCAGAAACAAAAUACUUGAAGACGCCAAGGACACAAUCAUACAGGAGAGCAUUUUGGUAGAAGCAACGUUCAUCUUUCAAGAAUUUGAACAAAUUCAAAACUCUGUUGAGGAUAUCGAUGCAAAACUAAAAUUUGAGAAACUUAAAGAAAAAAGUCAAAACAUUUGUCAUCAAAUUCGAGCUGGAAAAUCGCCCGCCUUUACAAUGCUGCUUCAAUCCUUAAAUUCUUUAAAUAGAAUUAUAGAUUUCCAAAUACACUUUCACGAAAAGGUUUCCCAAGAACAUGUUAGGCACACAGCAGAAAUGGUAAACCGUCACAAAGGAGACAUGGUAAACAUGUGUUCAGAGUUCAGUAAAGUUCUGACAGAAGUAAACAAUGAGGAAGAGGGAAACCAGAAACCUAACAAUGUACAAGCAAAUGAUAUUCAAAAAGAUCUAGAACGCAUAAAAGAGAUUGGAAAUGUAGUAGAAAGAAGAACAACAUUUGAAAUGUUUCAAAGGAGACAAGAAGAGAUUGUGGCAGAGGAGCCAAACAUGUGUUCAGAAUUCAGUAAAGUUCUCACAGAAGAGAAAAACCAGAAACCUAGCAAUGCGCAAGCAAACGAAAUUCAAAAAGAUUUAGAACGCAUAAAAGAGCAAAAAGUUAUAGUAGCAAAAAGAACGACAUUUGAAGAGUUUGAUAGAAGAGCGGACGAGGCGAGGAUAGAGGAACCAAACAUUUAUCCGUAUGAAAAGAGCGCAUGGAAGCCACAAGCAAAACCAAGAAAAAGUAUUGGGUCAACAAAGACACUAGUUAACACCUUAGAGCAACAAGGAUGUCUUAGCAAAGAGCGAAAACAUGAUAAGAAGGGGCCGCAAGAGAGUACGAACAUUGAAGAAAGUCAACAAGACAUAAGACGAAGCCAUGUUGAAGACAAAACUACAAUAACAGACGUUAGCAUUGCCGUCGCUUAUAAUGGAAAAAAAUCCCCAACAGCAAAAAGCUAUUUGACACCGGAAGAGCACAUCAAAUCCAAUACAUUGCCACAAAAAACGACAGCUGCGGAAAGAGAAACGGCCAUAAGUGAAAAUGAUCUCAAAUAUUGCGCCUUGAAAAAUAGACAAGCUGUUGACAAACAUAAUAUAACCUACCAUCCUCUUAGAAACGUAACUAUACAAGUGGAGGAAAAGACAGACAGACAGUCGCCAGAAAUGAAAAGAAGAAUAGAACAGAUGGAGAGAAUGCUGGAGGAAGCAAAGCAAGCCAAAGAUCUUUUAGGAAAAGCUAUCGACGAAAACAAUGAAAGCUUUCUGUCAAGGGCUUGGGCUUGGUUCACUAAGCCCAUUCGAAUUGCAGCCAGAUGGAUUGCAUCACGAUUUGAUUAGACUUAAGUCAACAAUAAGUGAGAAGCAAAUGCUUUGUUAAUCAUAAACAAAAUAUAUACCUUGAAAUCUAAAUAUUCGGAUAUUCCUUCAAAAAUAAAGAUUACGUCCUUGUCCAAUUUUUCUUUGGAUGUCAAAAAAGAACAAAAAAACAAAACUGUACAAGUAUAUUUCCGUUUAUAUUAAAUGUAUAUUGCCUAGUUGACCAACUGAACUGCGUCAUCUGAGAAAUGUAUGUGGCACAAAGGUGUCUUCUAGGAACUAUUAUUAUGUUUAUAUUUUCUGAUGUCCUUUUGUAAACGUUCCAAUAACUCUAGUCAAUGAGAUUAGGACACUUUGAUAUUUGAAGAGAUCUUCUGUUGAAUCUGUGCCUUUAGUUUUGCCAUUAACUUCAUCUAUAUUAUUGUCUUUAUUGUAAUGAAGUAAGCUGCAUAUCUAUCAUACAACAGUAUACAUUUCCAGUUCAUAUCUACCUCUUUUACUGCCUUCGGAAAUGUAUUUUUUACUCGUGUUUACGUUUUUUCUACAAUUAUUUCGGGUUUUCUUUUUGUAAACUUGUUCUUACAUUUUUUUUUUUUACGUUGACUUUACAUUCGUAUUUACUUUAGCAUAGUGCUUCUACUAUAGGCACCACACGGAAAGAUAUCUCAAUACUUUCUGUGGUUUUGUUUUUUUAGAGGCCCCCGUAAGGGGAAAAAGCCGCUAUUAGGUUUGUGCAAAAUGUCCGUCUGUCCGUCUGUCACACUCAGAUCUCGAAAACUAGAAGAGAUAUGAAAAAUAUUAUUUCAUCAUUAAAUCCGGCUUGAAAAGUUUAGGCGCAACGGCUACUUUUGGUUUUCUAAAAGCAAACCGUUUAAUUUAUAAAAUUAAUUAUGCAAGCGAUUUUUUCAUAAAAAAUACACCAAUUCUAAAACAAUUACGUAAAUGUAAGGGAGGCAAUGUUACAAUAUGCUAACAAAGAUAUAAAAUCCAUGUGUAUUUUCAGUAUCACUAAGUCAAAUAUAUUUAUAAAAUGUACAGGAAAUGUUUACAACAAAUAUAAAUAAUACUUAAAGAUGUUUUUUUCUGGUUAACUAGCUGCUAAAAUUAAAAGAAAACAUUUCUGUUUGUUUAUAAAGGCUAAUAAUGCACUUUGUAUGUAAAUAUCAUGCACAUUUUUUAAAAUGGACUUUUUAAGCAGCGACUUUCGUGCAGUAGCGUAACGUCGCAACAUGAGAAGGUGCUAAACCAAUUCCUUAAACUUUUUAAAAAAAUCAGAUUUUUUUGUUGUUUAGUGCCCCCAUCCGAAUAAAAGAAGCUUAUUUUGUGCGUUUUGUCUGUUAGUCGGUCUGUCCGUCACGAUUAGAUUAACAAAGAACACUAGAGGCUAUUAUAAAUCUGAUUUAACCUUUAAUUUUUCAUUCAGAAAUAUUGCAAUAGUUUAAUGUAUCUAUAAUAGAUUGUUCCGGAUGUUUUGUAAAAAAACAAAUCAAUGCCAAUGAAUAUUUGUUUGCUCUUCUAAGUUAUAGUAGAUUUUAUUUCCAUGCUUAAACGUUGCAAGAAACACAUGAUCUUUAAUAUAUUGUUCCGUUUUUUUUAUGUAAAUAGCAUAUAAUUAACUAUAAAGUUGUUCCGGAUAUUGUUUUAUAAAAAACUAAUUUAUGUCAAAUAAUUAUUUUUUUUUUAAAUAUCGACAAUAGGUUAUUCAGGAUUUUAAAAUAAAAAAGUAAUUUACUAGAAACGAUUAUUGAAAAUAAAUUUUUAGACUUAUUUUACAGUUAAUUUUCUUGCCGAAACAUAAUAAAAAUUGUUUAAUCGGUAAAGAAUGUUCCGGAUUUUGUUUCGAAAAAGAAAUCGACCUACAUUACCUUAAUUUUCUUACAAAUCGUUGCCAAAAAUGAUCCGAAUUUCAUAUGAAAAAUCUAAUAAGGCUAAUAAAUGUUUGAAAUCCCUCUUCUAAUAAAUAAAACAAAUAAUUUUCUCAUUUACGAAAAUUGGUUGAUUCGGAUUUUUUAUGAAAAAUAGUUUAACUCUAUUUUUUUAGUCUAACUAGGACGUGUGACGUAAUGGAAUUUUUUCCCUUUGACGUCAUAUGGAGUUAAUUCUUUAAAUCAAAUGCUAAAAGAACUCACUCGGUGCACCAAUGUCUAUGAACACUCGACAAGCUGCUCGUAUAGAUGACAUUUUUAGUCUAACUAGACCGUGUGACGUAGUGGAUUUUUUCCUUUGACGUCAUAUGGAAUAAAUUCUUUAAAUGCUAAAACAACUCGGUAUAGUAAUGUUUAUUAAACCUCGUAAUGUGACUCGCAUUUUAAAAAGACAUAAUAGAUUUAGAUCUAAUCUAGAUUUUUUUACACUACUUCUAGAUUUUUUUUACACUAGAGCUAUAGAAUCUAGAUCUAGAAUUUCUUGGUCUAGUUUACAAUGUUUGUUGUUUUACAUGUUUCCGAUGUUCCUUCAGAGUUGUAGUCCAAACCUCCCGUAGGACGACGGGGGAUGGGAGCGGACCAUCGAUGAAUCCAAACGACAGUCCAGCGCGCAAACCGCACUACCAGACAGCCAUGAUUUAGACUAGAUCAAGAUCUAUAAUUUUAAUUUCUAGGCUUAAAGUGUAGAUUUUUUUUCUAAAGUCUAGAUUGUCAAUAUGUCAAUAUUGCAAUGUUAUAAAAUACUAAAACUAAUCUACUAUUUUAAUAUUUAGAUUUUGCAAUUAGUCUAUUAAUUGAUUAUCUAGUGUUUUUUUUUUAUAUAAAUCUUAUCUAAAUUACAUCUACAUUAUCCCAAAUAUAUAUUUUAGAUCUAGAUCUAGUAGAUAUAGAUAUUGAGAGUGCUAAAUUAGUAGUUUAAUUUAGGUAGAUUUACAUCCUCAUUCUAGUUCCAUUUAGGCCUAAAUGAAAAUGCUCAAUACCAAAAGAUUAUCUAAAAUCGCUCUUCUGACAUAUUGUACAUAUCCGGUAGUUGUCAUUCCGUAAUAUGUAGGUAUAUUAUCAAUAGUAGGCUAUUAGUUUGUAACCAGUUUGUCAUUAGAUUAAGAGCAAUGCCUGGUCGUGCGGUUAGCGCGCAGGACUGAUUAUCUCUACGGUCUCGGUUUCAUACCCUGCUCGAUGCCAUCCUCAGUCGACCAGCGAAUAUGCGGAUCCGACAGUGAUCCGUCUUCCACGAUGACUAUAAUUUACACUUUAUUAUGUUUAAUAUUGGCUUUUUUUGAUAAUGAAAAUCUGAUGAUUCAUUAGAAAACAUGUUGUGUAGUUAUUCAUAGUUUUCACCUUGAGAUGUGGCAUUUUAAAAGUAAUUAUUUAACAGACUUAUUAUGUACUUUUCAUCAGAAAAAUUGUCUAACUUAGCUCAUGUCUCAGAUCUUUUUUUUUUUUUUUUUUGUGAGUUUAGGAAAUCUUUCUUAAAGGGUAAGAUCUCUUCUAGAAAGUAGAUAAUAUUUGUUGAGAACAAUGCUAGGCCUACCGUUUUUUAUUUUUUUUAAGUAUGUUUUGUAUAAAUAUAUUGUACUUAUUUUUUUUUCUUUCAUUUUCCAUUUGUACAUCAUUGCGUAUGUUGAAAUUCUUGAUACUGACUUAAAUACCUCGCCUUCAUUCUUAUAUGGUCAGUCAGUUUUGUAUCUCGAACAAGGGAAAGAAAUUUUCAUUGACUUAUAAAGUCGUAUAAGUUGAAUUAGUUCCCUUUAUUAUCUGUAGAAAAAAAUAAUUUAAAUAGCUAUAAAUAACUAUAAACCUAUUUUCAUAAGCUGCUCCAUGGCAUAAUGGAUACUGUAUUGGCCUGAGGAGGCCAUAACCCAAGGAGUUCAAAUUCAGGUAGAUCCCUUUAUAAUUAUUCUAAAUACAUUUAAAAGCAACAACCCACAUACCCCCUUCUUUCUCUCUCCUACCCCUUUUCGAACAGGUCCAGACAUGUGUGUUGAGAAAGAUCAAAGCAUGAAAUUACGCUAAACAAAAAUAAUGUGUAAACAUAUUUCUAAUGGCACCGAUUUAUUAUUGUUAGUCAAUAUCUAUUACAAAUUUAAUAACAUGACUUCUCAAAACUAUUUGAUACAACUAUCUAUACUAUAAAGUAGAAUGUGAGGUGUAUGUAUGUAUGUAUGUUACUUAUAGACAUCAAAACCGCUUGACCAAUCUUGAUAAAACUAGGCAGGAAUGUUCCUUGGGUACCAACUUAGACCGUAGUGUAUGUAGGCUAUUGUAGCCCUAAAACAAACUUAAGACCCUCAAAAAAAAAAUAAAGUUGUCCGACUCUAUUACAGCUAUUGUAUUUUAUGGAUCUAGGCCAUGUCUACAAUGUUGACAUGAGAAAAGUUGGAAAGGAUUUAGACCUAGAUCUAAUUUUAAGAAAUACACUUUGCGCAGAUAGUUUUUUACUUUGACACAUGAAAAUACAAAAGAAGAUCCAUUGAUUUCAUUAUAUAAUAAAAUUAACCUUCAAUUUAAUGUUUCAAAAUCAUUUUUUACAUAAAUUAGUUCCUUAUAUCUGUGACUACAUAUUUCCUGACGAACAUUCUUUCAUGAUUAGACAAUACCGUAAUAAAUCGCGUACUAAAUAUUAAUUCGUUUAAUUGUUUACUUUAUAAUCCCAUCCCUAGAUCUAAAACUCUAAUUCAACUCUAAGAUGAUAAAACUUCUCUUCGCACAGAUAGUUUUAUACUUUAACACAUAAACAUAUUAAUUAAAGUCCAUUCAUUUCAUAUUUUGAUCAAAUAAACAUUCAAAUUUGGUUUUCUAAAGCUACAUUCGUUUACGAAAGCUGCGAAGCCGAGUUGAGAUAGGCCUAGAUCUAUAUUCAUUCAAGAAUUGCGUACUAAAAAUUAUUUCGUUUAAUUGUUCACUUUACAAUCCCAUUCAUUUAACAAAGCUAUCGCUCUUUUCGUUUUUAAUAGAUAAGAAUGUAUCGACUUCGGGUAAACCCAUUUUCGCAAAACUAAUUUUAUUUUCGUAGCGAAAGAGAAAUAACGUAAAAGGAUCAUCAGCUACGUUUAACAUACAUCUAAAUCCAAUCCACUAGAUUAUUUAAAAGCAUUUUUUUACAUAAAUUAGUUCCUGAUAUCUUUGACUACAGAUUUCCUGGCGAACAUUCUUUCAUUAGACAUUACCAAACGGUUACACAUUAACACAUCUCUCUACUGAGUCUAUUCCUAGGCCUCCUAGGUCUAAAACUCUUAUUGAACUCUAAGACUGAUAAAACUUCUUUUCGCAAAGAUAGUUUUAUGCUUUAACACAUAAACAUACUAAUUAUUGUCCAUUCAUUUCAUAUUUUAAUCAAAUUAACAUUCAAAUUUGUUUUUCUAAAGCAUUUUUAAUACAUUCGUUCGCUGUUCGCUAAAGCUGCGUAGCCGUGUUGAGAUAGGCCUAUAUUCAUUUAUGAAAAAAAGUUCACGCAUGCGCAGCACAGAAUGAACUCUAUAAAAGCCAAUUUUUAACUUAGAUCUAUGUCUACCUCAAGAUCUACUUUAUACUUUAUACACAUGAACAUACAAAAUUUAGUCAAUUCACCUCAAAUUUUAAUUAAAUAUAUGUAGGCCUACAAGCAAAUGUUUUAAUUUGAAAAAAAAAAAUGGAUUUCAGCCUAUUAGCUAUUUUGAUUUGAUAGCUUCAUUCACACUAUUUUUACAUUGACACAUUUGCUUUACUUAUUACAUUAUUAUUUCGUUUAAUUGUUUACAAAACACUCUCAGUGACUAUAUCGAAAGUAAUGCACAAAUAAAGACACGCGGGUCGCGGGUAACAUAUGUCUAGUACUUAAUAUAGUAAGCAUUGUUUUUAUUUAGAAGUAUUCGCUUGUAUUUUUCUUGUUAUGUUGUUAUGUAGGUUUCACUUUGAAUGUUAUCUUUAUGUUGAUAUUUACAACUUUUGCGUUGUUUUUAUGUUUAUUGAUAGGUUAUCUAAGCUUUUUUAUAUUUGUACGUAAAUCUAAUAAAGAUGACUUCUAGAUCUAGAAGUAGAUCUAGAGCUAGACUUACACUAGAUCUUAAAGCUCUAAAUCAGAAGUCUAAAUCUAGAUCUAGUUCUACAUGUCUAUACAAUAAUAGCACCAAAAGGUAAUGACACUUAGAAGCUCAGGCUACGUUGGUACAUCGAGUUGACGGUGAAAAGUUUGACUUCGAUACCCUGCUUUUAUAUAUUUUAAAAAAUUAUAAGUUGUAUAAUGGAUGUAUUGUCUAUUUAAAAUGUUUUUUUCUUAUGUUAAAAUUCACUUUUUUUUUCUUUUUUUUAAAUCACAUUUUACACACACAAAUUGUAUUCACAUUACUUGUACACAAACCUCUGGGAUUAUUUAUAUUAUUUGGCACUUUUUACUUACAAAGCUUUCAUUCAGUCUGUCUAUCUGUCUGUCUUUUUGUCUGACCGUCUGUGUUGUCAAAGGUUUGAAUAUGUUUUUAAAUCAGUCUCGGAUCCAGUUGAAACUUUGCACAAUUAUUCUUUGUACCUGACAAGAGAUGAAACAAUUAAAAAAAAAAAUUAGCCAAUUAGUUCA